AGAAAAUAGCUGUGUGGUCAGCGGCCCUUUCCAGGCGCUGACCAUGUAAGGGCUGUCCUCUUAUUAGCAGCCAGUGGCAACCUAAUUUUGUCAAGCCUGACUCCAGGCUUACCCACCCUUUCGUUUUUACCUCUCUCGGGUUGCGCAGGCCCGGGAGGCCCAUCUGUUCUUACUAUUUGAGUCCCUGUUGUCUCAUUGGCGGCUUUCUGAGCAGCUGCAAAAUAUGUUUUUAACUUUUAAGUGGAAGUUGGGGGUCACUGGCAUCGAGUCUGGAACAGUCAUUCUCAGCAAGAGCUCUUUGAACUCUGACAUUCUCUAGUUUUACGGACUCGGGUGAGUGUUUAACUCCUCCCAGCUGCCAAGGGCUGGACUUCCUACCACUGUGGGCAGUAAUUAAUGAGGCAUUUAUUUGCUCAAGUAGUGGCGAAAUAAUGCGCAUUGUUUUUUUGUGUUGUCGGCGGAAUACGCUCAGUUGCCUAGCACCACAGCCCUCUGGCUGGCAGUCCCUCCUCGCUGCUCAUCUGCUCGGGUCUCCUUGCCGCCCCCAGCUCAGCGACCGGGACGCAGACGAGGACCAGUGUUCGCGCGAGCUCAGGGGGCGGCGUAGCCGCCGCCCGCCCAGGAGGACCAUGUUGCGCGGCAAGUCCCGGCUCAACGUGGAGUGGCUGGGCUACUCGCCAGGCCUGCUCCUCGAGCACAGGCCCCUCCUGGCAGGGCGCACGCCGCGGAGCCACCGCCGAAAUGAAAGCUCAUUAGCAUCUACACUGAAGACGCUCCUGUUCUUCACAGCUUUAAUGAUCACUGUUCCUAUUGGGUUAUAUUUCACAACUAAAUCUUAUAUAUUUGAAGGCGCCCUUGGGAUGUCCAAUAGGGACAGCUAUUUUUACGCUGCUAUUGUUGCAGUGGUCGCCGUCCAUGUGGUGCUGGCCCUCUUUGUGUAUGUGGCCUGGAAUGAAGGCUCACGACAGUGGCGUGAAGGCAAACAGGAUUAAAGUGAACAUCACCUUUUGAUAGCAUUAAAUUCAUUUUUUAAAAUGAUAAAUGCUGGAGGGGGCCAUCUGAUUUGAAUAAAGUUGAAAGAACAUGUUAAAGUCAGUCUUAAGGAGUCAGAGUAGUGCAAAUUUUGAUCCUUCUAAUAUGUUGGUUUGUAUAUUCAGUUUUAACUGUAUGAAUCUGAUUUGCAAAUGAGAAUUUGGAAAAGUUAAAUUAGCUACAAAUAAAUAUGUUAAUUUAAUUAUACAAUACUCUGGAAGGAAUUUUAUCUUCUUUCAACAAAACAUGUUUUAUAGUAUUCUGACUUACGGUUGCUUUUGAGUUUUACUCAUUUGGAUAUAUUAAGAUGCACACAGUGAAGCAAAUUAAACUCCACUUUACGCUGGAAUGCUUUCUUUAGCAUGAAAAUACCAGGUCCUUGGAUUUGGGAUUUUAAUUUCCUAUGGAAAAUUGCUUAAAUUAUGGACACUGGAAUUAAUCUGAAUGUCACUGAGGAAUUUCACAUGAAGUGUAAUCCCUAGUCAAUAAGAAUUAUCUGUUACAUUAUUUUAUGGGAAAACUAGGCUAAAUUACAUCCAUUCAGGUAAAAGGACCUUAGCUUACUGAAGAAUCUAAAGAGCAAAGCAAAGAUCUCACUACUCAAACACUCAGCCUGCUUCCUUCAAGUCCCCUUGCAGGCCAGCUUUGUGCUUUGCAGACCAACUUUUUAAUGAGAUACUUUGCUUCCUCAUUCAACAUUGAAGCUAGGCUUCAGUUAAAAGGUUCGAGGAAGCUCCAUUUAAAAUUGUUUUUUCUACUGUUUUUUAAAAUUGUAGUGUAUAUGAUAGGAAUUUGCAUUUAAAUAUGUUCAUUUUUGCAUAUGUUAGGAGUGGAAACAAUCUGGAAAACAUUUUUUUUUCACCCAAAAAGUAUUCUCCUUGGGCAUAUCUGAUGGAAAAAAACCUUGAUUUUAUUUUCGUAUCUUUAGUCUGUGUUCUUUCUAGUUAUUUGGUACUAAUUGUGUGCAAUCUAAAAACACUCCCACAAAUAUUUGUUUUUUAAUUAUAAAAUCAUAACAUAUGUUCUUUGUAGAAAACUGGAAAAAUACAUAUUCAAACAGGAAAAAAAAUCAAAAUUCCCCAUAAUGUUGCCAUCUAAAAAUAACCUCUAUUUUAGUUUAUAUCCUGUAUUCGUUUUUGAAAGCCAUUUCUUAAUGCUAGUUUGAUACACACUAAAAGUUUAGCUUACAAGUUCAAAUUCUGCCAGCUUUUCCUGACAGCUAUUUGCAUUUUUUUCAGAUGAGUGAUUAUUGGCCAUUUUCUUUUUCUUUUUUUUUUGAGACAGAGUUUUGCUCUGUCGCCCAGGCUGGAGUGCAGUGGUGCGAUCUCGGCUCACUGCAACCUCUGCCUCCUGGGUUCAAGUGAUUCUCCACCUCAGCCUCCCAAGUAGCUGGGACUACGGGUGCCUGCCACCAGGCCUGGCUAAUUUUUUGUGUGUUUUUUUGUAGAGACGGGGUUUCACCAUGUUGUCCAGGCUAAUCUUGAACUUGUGACCUCAGGUGAUCCACCCACCUCGGCCUCCGAAAGUGCUGGGAUUACAGGCGUGAGCCACCACGCCCGGCCUUAUUGACCAUUUUCUAAAUAAGCACAUUCUAUCUUUAUUCUCUUAAAAUUCAAAUUUUCUGUUACUGAUAAUCCUAAUACUUAGUAGGAUUCUUGCUUAAGUAUGUGAAACCAUUACUGAUUUGUUGUUCACAUUUAUUAUUUUUUAUGUUGUGAAACUGGACUAAAGGAAUAGAGGGAUGAUUAGUCAUAAAAGUCAAAUAGGCAUUUGUGUUUAACUGUUGAGAAAAGUGAAAGAUAGGUAUGAUUAUUAUGGAACUGUUUUUAAUUCUUGCUUAAAGACUACAAUUUUAGUAUAAUGACAUUUGAGUCUAGGGUAGUGUGUGGUAGAUUUCUAGAUGGUCCCUAAUUAAGAAGUAUUGUUGUAUUUAGAAUUGUCCACUUAAUUUCUUUUUAUAUAAUGCCAAGGUAUUUCUUGUGCUUUUGGGAUCUUAUGCUGUUUGUAAAAUGUUACUGUCCAAUGUUGGAUUAUUGUUUUGGUUUCAGGCAUUUGCUGAAUAGGUAAUGAUACAUGGGUAUUUUUCUGCAAGUAUUUAAACCAGGGGCGUAUGCAAAGGCAGUUGUAAUUUCCUCUUGGAAAAAGCGCCAAAUGUUUGAAGGUUAAAAUCAAAUGCUAGGGUUGAUAUUUAGGCUUAUAACAAAAUAGGCUUGUUUUCAAAGCAGUUUUUUCCUAGAGUUUUAACUGUUAACUCACUAGUUUGCUGCUGUUUUUAACUAUGUUAAAUAACAUAUGGUAUUUGACAAAUAGAUUUAUUUUUCAAAAUGUCUCACUAAUUUCGUUUUACACAAUAUAUAUACUUCAAGAUGUAUAGAAAGGAAAGCUACAGUUGAGCCCUUAUACAUGUUUUAAGGUAGAAAUAUGUUCCCUAUUGUUUGAAAACUGAUUGUAAGAAUAACCUCAGUUAGGAGAUAUAACUUGAAGUGUCAGUCCAAACUACUGAUUUAACCCCAUUUACGGUAACACAUUACCUUCCUCACCUCCUGUUUUGCCCUGGAGAAUGUAGUCCUUUUUCUCAUUUGUGUUGAGAAAUGAAAAGUCUGCUAUAGAAUGUAUCUGAUGUCAUUAGUUCUUCAAAUGGAUACCAUUGUACAUAUAACAGUAGAAUUUGGUUUGAGGUUGUUAGUGAAAAAAAAUUUAAACCUGCCAUUAAAAAUCUCCAUGUUUCAUGGAAAUCUAACAGAAAUACAUUGUAAUAAUUAGAACAUUUUCUUUUCUUUUUUCUUUUUUUUUUUUUCGAGACGGAGUUUUGCCCUUCUUGCGCAGGCUGGAGUGCAAGGGCGCAAUCUCGGCUCACUGCAACCUCCGCCUCCCGGGUUCAAGCAAUUCUCCUGCCUCAGCCCCCUGAGUACCUCAGACGACAGGUGCGUGCCACCACACGCGGCUAAUUUUUGUAUUUUUAGUAGAGACGGGGUUUCACCAUGUUAGCCAGGCUAGUCUCGAACUCCUGACCUCAGGUGAUCCACCCGCCUCUGCUGGGAUUACAGGUAUCAGCCACCGUGCCUGGCCUAAUAAUUAGAACAUUUUCAUCAUGAAAAUGUCAUCAGCUUUGCCAAAAGAAACAACCAAUUGACUUGUUCGGCGUUUUCCAUUUUCAUGUCAAUUUUAUGUAUACAGUUAGAAUACCCAAGGAGACCACUAAAAUCAGUUAAACAAGUAGCGUAUAUCCAAAGAAAGAUGAAACCCGAAAGUACAUAAAAAGGAUUUAAAUCCCAUUUUAGAUGUACCUAGUGUGUAUUUCUUACCUCUAGACAAGUUCAUGUUUAUUGUUUAAUUUAUGCCCAAGUGAAGUUGUAAAACUUAUGGUUCAACUCUGACAUAGAAUUUGUCACUUGUCUGAGGUCAGUGGCAGGUUGCUCCGCUGUCAAGCACUCUGUCACCCACCAGAUUAGUAUAACUAUUAAUUCAGACUCUACUCCUAUGUUUAAGAUAAUUUUUACAAGAGCUGGCUGAAGCAGCACAUUAGUAACCUGACAAGAUUUCUUUUUCCCUUUUCAGGGGGAAAGGGUCACCUUAAAAAUAAAUUAUUUUCAGGGACUUUGGGAAUCUAAUGAUAAAUAUUACACAUAAUCUAUGAAUAGCUUAAUCCUUUAUAUACUCCUUAAAAUAGGAAUUCCUCGACAUCACUCCUGGCCACACUUUCCUUGCCUGUGUUGUUGCUAUGUGUAUUUGAAAGUAAUAUCUGCAUUCCUUUUAAGAUGUUCUGUAAGUCAUAUUUGUCAGUUAUACAGAGUAGUCUUCCUUUUUCCCACGUUCAGUGUAAUUUCACUGAACAGUAAUAAUAGCAAUAGCUAACAACAUCUGCACAGCACCUUACAGUUUGCAAAGAACGUUCACACAUUCUCAUUUGAGUUUUGCAUAGUGAACCUGUUACGAGAUGUCUCUUGACGUCGAUGCUAAAAGUGUUAGAAUCUUUAAAUCCCUAGAGUCAUUGAAUAUGCUGUAGUAUUGAAUAGUGCCCUGACUAGGGGGAGGAUUUAGAUGUGCUGCAUUUCAAGCCAUGUAUAAUCAUCAAAAUGGGGGGCUUGAGUUCUUUAGCUACUUGAAUCCGAUUUACUUCUGUUAAGUGAUGUUUUUCUAACCGUUAUCUGGAUGGAUUUUGUAUUCACUAUAUUGUAGCUUGUAAUUUGUAUAAAUUUACCAUCUGAUGUCAUUAAAAAAAGUGUUUGUAGUGCUA